UCGACAAACACAGAUAUUUUUGUGAAAAGACUACUUUUAUUUGAAGAUAAAAUGGAAGAAAGAUAUUUUUGUCCAAUUGUAUAGACAUAAGCUGUUUUGAUUUGAAGAUAAACUGAGGAAGUGGAUUUUGGUCGGGUCGAGUCGAGUCGAGAGCGGAGGCCAAUUAAUUUACCAUUUGAAAAUGUGCACAGUGGAGGAGCGAGGCAAUUUCUUUAUUCUAACUCUAAUCGGCAACGAUGACCACCGCCUCGGCCCAUCCUUAAUCAACUCCAUCCUCAAAGCUCUUUCACAAGUCAAGGCACAAGCCUUCCCUGGUUCGGUUCUCAUCACAACUUCCCACGGAAAAUUCUUCUCAAACGGCUUUGAUCUCCCCUGGGCCCUUACCGCCGGCUCUGUUUCUGCUGCCCGUGAUCGCUUAAACCACAUAAUCGACAUCUUCAAGCCCGUCGUCGCCGAACUCCUUUCCCUUCCUAUGCCUACCAUUGCUGCCAUUACAGGACACGCCGCUGCCGCCGGUUUUACAUUGGCGCUGAGCCACGACUAUCUGAUCAUGAGGAGCGAUCGGGGCGUGCUGUACAUGCGUGAGUUGGAUCUGGGUCUAACUCUACCGGAUUACUUUAUGGCUCUGUUUAAGUCCAAGAUAGGCUCCAGUUUGGCUGUGCGCGACCUCAUCCUGAGGGGGAUGAAAGUGGGAGGUGAAGCAGCAGUGAGAAUGGGUGUCGUGGAAUCAGCGCACCAAGGCCAGGACGCCGUCGUGAACGCUGCAGUGCGGCUUGGGGAGCAGCUGGCUGGAAGAAAUUGGGAUGGGGAAGUGUAUGCUAAAGUCAGGAGAAGUUUGUAUCCCGAGGUCUCUGAGGUGCUUGGGUUAACGGGGAAAGCCAUAUCCAUUUCUAAACUAUGAAAGAUGAAGGUAAUAUGGUAUGAAUUUAAGUUCCUAAAGCCAUAUGUAUCGAUACAUUGGCUGAGAGAAAUUGGAAUCUCAGUCCAGUUCAGUUGUAUGUUUAUAAAUUUCAUAAAUAUAUACACAAUAAGUGAAAAGUUGAACCUCAGUACUUACCAAAGAAAUGACAUACCGCCGUGAUCAUUGAACUAGAACUAGAACAUAUCAUUAAAUCUUCUUCAAUAUCCUAUGUUGUGGUUGUUAAUGAAAAUCAUGAUACAAUUCCUGUAA